AUGGCAUUUAUAUCAAACAAUAAAAUAGUGCAUCAUGAUUUAGCAACAAGAAAUAUUCUACUUCAAAAUGAAAAAUAUAUUAAACUUAGUGAUUUUGGUUUAUCACGUUGUGAAGGUGAAAAGCUUGAAGCUAAUGAUUGUAUUGUAUCAGCACUUUGGUCUGCACCGGAAUGUUUUGAUCGAACACAAAUACUUUCAUCAUCAUCGGAUCGAUUUUUAAUUGAACAAGGUCGUCGAUUGUCACAACCAGAACGAUGUUCAGAAAGUUUAUAUGAUUUAAUGUAUCGUUGUUGGAAUGCAAAUAUAGCUAAACGACCACGUUUCGUCGAUAUAAUCGAUGAAUUAAAUGGAACGAAUCUAAGAAAAGAUAGUAUAAUACCAUUUACUCAUGGAGAAAGAAAGUCAAUUCAAACUACAUCAACUAUUGAGGAUCCUUAUAUAGAACUGGACAAUAAUGAAGAUGAAGAUACAAUACUUUUGUGA